AUUCUUGUUAGCUGGGGUUAAUAGAUACGCUUUUCCCCCACUUAGGUAGUUGCUUUUGUUGAUUGCUCACACUUAAAACGAUCUUUCAGUGGAUUGUUCGUAGUUCUUGGCCUUCAUUUUGUUGUCUGUUCUUCGCUUCUAUUCUUUUCUGACCAAAAAAGAAAUCAUCGAGAAUCGAGGUUUAGGCGGUAUGCAUAUUGUGUAUAUGCUCUUGAUUCUGCUGUUUUUAUGAAUUCCUUUGGUUCAAUUUUAUGAACCACAGUUUGCAAGGCCGGUGGAUCUUGCCUGUAAUGUGACAUGACCAAGAAUGGAGAAGUGCGAGGGCAGAAACGCGGGAACUGUUGGAGUUGGAGAGUGUGCCGGGUUCGAGGUGUAGUGAAACGGAAGAGGAUUAAGCAGGAUGAAGCGAGAAUUAGAGGCUUGGAAGCUGAGAUUGAAAUGAGAAAGAAUGAGUAUGAAGAACUUCAGGAGAAGUAUGAGGCGCUAGAGCUUGCCCUGGAAUGUGAAAGGAAGAAGGAGAGUAUGGUGCUGGAGGUUGAAGGUUUGAGACGAAUGUCCCAUGAAUUGAGCUCUAAAGUGGGAAAAGAUGGAUCGAAUCUUAAGAUCAGGUUAGAUGACUUGCAGGUGGAUCCACAACCAGCUUCUGGAGCUACUUCUGACUUAUUGGCAACACCAGUUAACAAUGUUCCAAGCCAGGACAGAUCCUGUUUUGGAGGACCGAAAUCCAGAGGCAUUGUAAGUGGUACAAGUGCUAGAAGACUGUCGUAUGCUGAAGAAGAAAGAGAUCACGUUAUAAAAUUUGCUCCAUCAACUCCUGGAUACCCCAAAUCUUCUUUUCCUGGUUUGAAGAGCUGCAGUUCAGCAAGAAGUACAGGCACUGAGGAGGAUAUCCGUCAGUUUGAUGUUAGAACAACCUCCCCCCUUAAGUGCAUUGGCACUCCGAAAAGGAAGAUUGCUUCAAAACUGGAUUGGUGGUUCAAUUGGAAGCAAUAUGGCGACAUGCUUGCAGCUUUUAAGGAACCCGAGCUGUGCAUGAUGGCGGUCUGUGUUCUUUACCGACAGCAAACAUCUUAUGAACGAAUGUUCAAGGUAACACGCGAUGCCAACGGGAGAGGGUUUAGCCAAGAUGAUGCUCGCUGGUAAACAUCUGAACUCUCAUUCCUGCAACCCAAUGGCACAAUCUUUUUCAUUGUUUGUUCAGAACAUGCUUAAUUACCGAGUGCUCUACUCAUCGCCUCACAGGGGAUCCGAGAUCGCGGAGUUUCUCACGGAUGGGGAUCUCCUUGGUGAUAUGAACAAGUCUGUGGAAGAGUUACAAGCACGAUUUCCAGAUCCUGAUGGACUUCAAGCGUGCAGGGAAAUGGCUUCUACUUAUAAUAAGCAACUGUUCGAGAUCUACGAGAACAAAGAGGACCAUUUCUGGCAAGCCGUGCACAACAAGUGAAGCAAAAUGCAGAGAACAAGAUUUGCCUUUUUAGUGAUUGCAGGCCAUGAACUCUGGGGAGCCUUGCUUUCUGAAAAGGAAAAUCAGUGCACUUAUUUUGUAUGUAAAUCGUCUAACUACCAGUCUAGCUAAGUUACUAUCCGGCACUCCUAGUUUUUUGCCUUGUGUGCCAAGCAAUGUAUAACUCUUCUCCGGUAGGAAACUCUGAAUCAACUAAUGGAAUGUGUAUAUUG